GCAGUGCCGUGCGACGGCUAUUUAACUGACGUGUAGAAAAAGCGAGCAAGAAAUUUACAUUCUUCUCCUGCCCCCUCCUCCGGCGAUGGCCGCCGGUCUCCUCCUCGGCGACGCCGCCGCGGCCCCGCGGGCACGCAUCGCCGUCUGCCGGCCGCGCCUGCACCUCUGCGGCUGGGCCCCGAGGCCCCACCACGGCUGCCGCCUCUCCCGCGCCCGGGGGCGCGCGCCGGCCAGGUUCGCCGCGUCCGCGUCGGGCGGUGGGCGGGGCGGAUGGGACGAGCCGUCGGAGGAGGAGAAGCGGAGGGAGAGGGAGGCGGAGAUGGCGCGGCGGCUCAAGGAGGCGGAGGAGAUGGACGAGCUGGAGCGCACCGCCGAGGAGCUGCAGAGCCGCGCCGCCCCCGACGACGAGUCCGAGGAGGAGAAGCGCGAGCGCGUCCGCCGCGAGCUCCAGAAGGUGGCCAAGGAGCAGGCCGAGAGGAGGGCGACAGGGAAACAGAUGUUCGAUCUGGGGCAAAGGGCGUAUGGGAAAGGGAUGUAUGGCCGCUCCAUCGAGUUCUUGGAGGCUGCACUCACCAUCAUACGCCCCUCCUCGCUCCUCGGCGGUGAGAUUCAAAUUUGGCUUGCAAUGGCAUACGAUGCCAAUAGGCGGCACAAGGAAUCCAUAGCAUUGUACAAAGAAUUGGAGAAUACACAUCCAAUGAUUAGCAUCAGGAGACAAGCAGCUGAAUUCCGGUACAUUGCUGAGGCGCCCAAGUUGAAGAUCUCCAACGAUGAGGUGGUCACGAUACCGCAAAUUGGAUCUAGCUGGGACUGGUACGCUGGGACAUGGAGUGACAAGAUCCAAGAGCAAGAAGACAAGAAAAGAAAGAUGGUGGCGGCCGCGAGCCAACCGCAGCCUUCGCCAAACGUCUUCGGCAACCUGUUCCUCCUGCGGCCGCCGGGCGAGUGGAAGAAGAGCGCCUGGGCGAUUGUCACACUGUGGGCUGUGCUGAUCGGGACAGCAUUCUAUCUGCAGAGAUGAACAACUCCUGCAAGUCCUGAAGAGACCACUGACACUCUCAUCCUCCAUGGUGGCGCGCGCGGAUAGCAGGGAGAUUGCAGCAAGGGAUGUCCUGAGCCUGCAUCGGCACCGCCGAGGGCGAAGGCGGAUUGCAUUUGUUAUUUUAGGUGUGCUAUCCAGGGAACCUAUACAUUUCCUUCAAAAGAAAAAAAGAAAGAAAAGAGGAAAGCUAUACAUAUUCCCCUGUGUACUGGCAUAGCCCAGAUAAUAUUGUUUCUCCACUGAAUGUAAAUACCAACUAGAGAUGUAAUGUAACAAAAAAUGCUUAUUGGUCCUGUAUGCGUUUAGAAAACUCGGCUGUGAAUAUAAUGUGAAGGAAACGUUCUUC